UUAUUAUAUUAAUUAUAAUCAUAUAAUUUGUUCAACAAUAUAAAUGUCAUUUUAGAAACAUGUCUGAUGACUUAUUAGCGAAGGAAAAGGAAUUUCACAGAUUGAAUCGUGAUCUUCAAUUAAAAACACGUGACGUAAUGAAGACUGUUGAUUCAAUCAUACAUGCCCAUGCCGGUAAAAAUUUAUUUAGCGAUGCGAAUCAAUUGCUUUCAAAUUUUGUGACGGAAGAUGUGAAAGCUAUACACUCAGAAGAUGUAGCGCCAAAGAUAAAUAAACAGCUAAAAACAUCGUUAAUUAAAGUUUCUGAAGUUCCAUCAGUAGAAUGUACUAAUGACACUGAUAUUCUAAAAAAGGAUAGUAACGUGGGAAAUAAAGCUGUUGUUUCUUUGCUCAAAGGGAAAAUAGAUAUGCUGUAUGAAAAGUUACAAGAAAUGCAACUUGAGUAUAAUAACAAGUGCGAGUAUUACAAAGAGUUAGAAGUGGAAAAGAAGAAACUUGACGACGUGCAAAUUAAAUUACGCAACCAAAUAGAAACGUUAAACGAUACAAUUACAAAAUUGGACCGUGUAAAUUCAGAUACAUUGUCAGACUACCAAGUUUUGAGUAAUGAAAAUACUGUCUUGAAGAAGGAUUUAGAAGGUUUUAGAAAAGAGAUACGAACAUUAAAUCAACAGUCAACCAAUCUUGAUAUAAGAUUAAAUAGAUCUCUAGAAAGCAACGAGAAACUUCGAAAUGCAUUAAAAUGUAGCCAAAUAGAAGAGAAGGAAUUAAGAAAUCAAAUUAGAAAACUGCAAGAAGAUAAGAAGUUAGCCAUAAAAAAUUUGGAAAAACAGCGAUCGGAGUUAGUGCAAGCAUUUAAGAAACAAACACUACUCGUAGAUAAUUUGAAGAAACAAAACAUACACUUGAUGGCAAAUGGACAAAUCAGCUUAACGAAAGAAGACUUUGCGAAGUUAUUAGAGUGGAAACCUCAGAAUGUCUCUGAUGUAUCGUAAUAGUGUUUAC